UAUAUAUAUGCGUGUGCGUAUAGCCCCACCAUUCUCUACCCAUUCUCACUGUACUCUCCUCCAUCUCUGCAAAUUAAUCCUCUUCUUUUGUCUCUGCAAUUACGCCACCAAUGGAGACUAGAUCCCACUGCCUUUACAUGGCCAAACUGGCCCAGCACGCCGGCCGCUACGACGACAUGCUGAAGUUCAUGGAAAACCUAGUCACCCGCUUCAUCUCUGCCGGCAGCCCCCUCACGCCGGACGAGCGGAGCCUCCUCUUCGCCGCCUGCAAGAACCAAACGGGCUCUCUCCGAGACGCUCUGCACGCUAUGCCGCCGAAAGACGGGCAGAGCGGCCACGCCUCACUCGCCGGAAACUACGGAUCCAAGGCUGAAUCCGAGCUUUUCGAACUGUGCGCGAGGAUUUUGAUGCUUCUAGACUCGCAUCUCAUGCCCUCGGCUUCUGCGAGUGAGUCCAGAGUCUUCUACUUGAAGAUGAAGGGCGAUUGUCAUCGUUACUUGGCCGAAUGCAAGAACGGGAGCGACACAAAGAGGGCGGUUGAUGCGGCUAUGGCUGCUUAUAAGUUGGCCGAGGAAAUUGCCAAGGCCGAGCUUGCGCCAACACAUCCCACGAGGCUCAGCUUGAUGUUGAAUUUCGCAGUUUUUUAUCACGAUACUCUGCGUGAGCCAGAAUACGCUUGUGGAAUGGCGAGGGAGGCCUUCGAUGAAGCCGCUGCUCAGCCGAGCCGAUACAAAUCUCACGAAGGCACCACCGCCUCCGCCGCUCACAUUACGCAGCUGCUCAGGGAAAAUUAUGCCCUUUGGGUUUCAAAUAUGUAACUUGAUUCGUACUAUGAUUAGGGUCUUUCGUAUUAAUAAUUCUUCUCCUUUUUGUUUUUUUUGUUUUUUUGGGUUUUCAAGUGAAGAAGAUAGCUAGGCAGAUUUGUUGAUUUGAUUCAUUAUAUGAAGAGGCCAGAUUUAAUAAUAAUAAUAAUCUUUAUC